UUCACUGGCUUAGUACACAUAAACGUCUAUAACUCACAGAAUGUGUCAACCGAAUUCCAUAAAUUUCGAUAAAAAUUAAUUGCGAAAAUGUUUAAAAGUUUGCUUCAGAAUAAUUUUAAACGCUGGACUUCUUUUCAGCAUGAAGUUUUCUUAAGUACAAAUAAAAAUAAGGAGGAAAGAGAAACGAUGAUUGUGUUUGUUUAUGACACGGAGUGUCUGAAAGAGGAAGCAGACGAUCCCGUCAACGCUGUGCUUUACUUUCAUCCUAGUUGGGUAUCUGAUACACAGAAAGUGGCACUGUGUGGACAAUUAAUGGGCACAACAUAUUUCCUAAAGGAUUGCUUUUUCAAGCCUCGCAUUUUGUCCCUCCAGAACGGCAAAUUCGUUUUAAAGGAAUUUGGACGCUUCAUAUUGGCUGUUGGCACGGAUCGUAAUAUAUCAGAUUAUUUACUCGAGCAUCGUGCUGAUUUACUUUCAGCUUUGGUGAAGUUCUUUCAUUGUGAUUUGCAAACAAUUUUUGAUCAAUUUUCAACACAAGGACAGUACAAGAAUUUAUCCGACAAAUUAUAUCAUAUAUUCGAGACAUAUCUGCCUGUUUUACAAUACAAUGGAAAUAUUUUUCAAAAUAUACCUAAGCUACGCAUGCCAAAGACCGCUAGCAAUAUAUUUUUGGAUGCUAUACAAACCCUGCAAUGUUGUCAACAAACUAAAGGCAUUCUUGGUGGUUCCAUACUGUAUCAUAACAAAGUCGUUGCUACUCAACUAACCGAUGUUAUUACCAAACAUAUAGUGUUGGCGAAUCCCUUACAUAUUAGGACACCCGCUGAGCAAAUCGUCAUAACCGAUUUCCAUAUACCGAAUGGCGUACAAAUGAUUGUUGUUUACGUCGAUAUAGUUGAGUAUAGAAAAUUGUCGGCUGAUGCACAACGUGCCCAAAAUUUACAAACUACACAACUCGGUGCUCUACCGUUUCAAUAUGCUAAACGUAAAAUAAAACGUGAUAAAUCCUUAAUAUUUACAAAUAUACCAGAAGAAGGUACCGGAAGUGUUAGUACUGAAGCUAGUAUCAGUGAACAAACAACGCAACCAAUGCGUCCAAAAACGUUAAUGGCACGACCAACACAUCUGCCACUGCGUUUAAAGAACUUAAAUGCUAAAGAAUUACCUGAAUCAGGUAUAUCCUCAAUAAACUUUGAUGAAACCGAUUCAUAUCCAGAAUUUAUUGGACGUACCAGUGUGUGCUCGACACCAUUGGCUGAAAAUAAAGUUUUGCAAGUCGGCAAUAUAAUGUCUAUUUGUGCUAAUCCAGAAGAUGAAAACAAUUCGAAUAAAGUGAAUUCGAAGUAUAAUAAUCGACGUAACUCGCUUAAAAUCGAUUUGGAAAGAUUAUUUCAAAAUUUUAUCACCAAUCCCAAUAAGCAUAUGGAGCGACGAAAUUCUUUCACCGACUUACACGAUUCUUUAAAGAAAAUAUCUAAAAAAUUAUCACUUAAACAAUUCUCGAAUGGCAUAAAGACUGACGUUAAUCGUAACGGAAAUAUAGUUACCGAUAUCGAAACUCCAGAUUAUAUUGAAAAUGACGAUGAGCAGAACUCGGAUAAUUCCGAUGAAAAUAAUCGUACUUCUCGUACAAUUACAGAUCCCACCAAUCCUGUUUUUAAUGCAAACGGACAACCUAUAUCACGUAGUUUGUUUCAGGAGUUUCUCGAAAAGUACUAUAAGCUAUGGGAUGCAACAGAUGAAAAUAAAAAGGAUGCCGAAAUAGCGCAACUUAUUGAGGAAUUUAAAGAAUUCGACAAUGAAUUAAAGAAACUUGAUGAAUCAUUGCGGCAUGAAGCGACAGCAACAGCAAAUUUUAAAGCAGAUCGUAAUUUGAAUAUACAAGAAUUCACUGUAGAACAGAAACCAAAAACACCAAUGGAUAAGAAAGCACUUAGUUUACCGCUUAAGCCAUUGUCUGAUGCUACACCAUCAAAGGAUAAUAUACCUACUUUUGGCAAUACUCGAAAACAGUCUGGUGGGGUACCAUUAACGCCGCUUAUGGCAAAACUUUCCGUUUUAGCUAUAAAUGAAGAAAGGCCAAAUUGGGAUAACACACCGGCUGGCGCCAUUGAAAUUCAAACACCUUCUUACACUACAGCUACGAAAGGAUUUCCGCGACGCAGUUCCUUAAAAUGUGAUGAUGCCGUUGAUGCUUUAGCUACUUUACCUUUGCAAACGAAAAAUUGUACCGAAGGCGUACAACGCUUGGAGCUGUAUAUAUGUGGACAACAGAAUAUGACAUUGAUUUUAUUAAUGGAGGAAGGUGUGUCCCGGCAAAAACAAACCGUGCAAAAAAUGUUUGAUAUUUGUGUUGCAAAAUUCCCUCAUAUGGAAUCACAUUUAAAUCAGACAUUAAAUGUAAAUGUGGAGGGUGAUAAACGUGACGGCGCUUAUAGUUUUAUGUGUGUAGAUUCCAGUUGGGAUGCACUGGAACGUAAUGGUCCUUGGAGUCCCGUAGAACUUAACACCCUUGAGUGUUUGCAUCGUGACUUCAAAAGUACUGGUAAUGAGCUGACUGAUAUAAUCUUAAGAUCUCAUGAAACUGUUUUUUAUGGUUAUAAAUCUGGACGCACUGAAGUCUUUUACAAAGAACCGGUGCAUACAAUAACUGGCAUACCACCUCCUUCUGAUCCUAUGGGAAAAAUUUCUCUACGUGCUAAAAAACGUUUAGAACGUGAUCAUUCCUAUGUACUAUUCUAGAUAAGAAAUGGAUAGUUUAAAAAAGAAUUAAACUUAAAAAGGUAAAAUACUCAACGUAAAAUAGGAAUAUUAACAUACUAUAACCACCCAAAAUUAUUGUAUAAAAUAUUAUGAAGUGUUAUUGUGACACAUUGCCAAUAUGAAAAUAUUAUAAUGUUAGUAACAUUUUUUAUUUUUAUAUGUAAAAUACAAAAGCCGAAUUUUUUGUUUUUUACACCGAAAUCCGGGGAAUCGUUUUUCUGUGCUUCUUCAUAAAACUUGUCUUACUUUCUGUAUGGAACAUUUUAAUUACAGACAGCUCUAUUAAAUGUCUAUUGCCCGACAGCUCUAUUAACAGCUCAAUUAGAUAGUUAAUUAUAGUAGAUAAUAAACUUAAUAAUAAAACCAAUCAAAGAUGGUCUUAUUGGUAGGAGUCGAGUUACCAUAUCUACCAGUAUUGUUGUUUGCUAAAUAAAACAACUCGAUUGUUUAAAUGUAAAUCAUUUUAUUAUUAGAAAUUAUUAUUAAAAAUAUGUUUAUAACAACUCACGCCACUUAACAGUUUCUCUAAAUUUAAAAUUCACAAGUACCAAUAAUUUAAAGGUCCCUGAGUUGUUCAUGCCAUUUAACUGUUUCUCCAAAUUUAUAGAAACAUUUUACAAUUCUUGCUUACAGACAUGUACAGGGGCGGAUUUAUACGAUUAUGUUACUUAUCUUAGAUAUCAAAGAGCCAUGAAGUAGCAAUUGCUUCAUUAAACCGCAUUUUUAAAAAUACUCCAUAAUUUUAAGAAUAUAUAAAAUUAUAAAACUGCUGCUCAAGCACUCAAAAACUGCUUGACAAAUAGGUUCCCGACUACACAAAAAUCAGUUGUGUCUCAAUAGAAAAACAUUAGCAACAUUAAAAUGCUAGAGUAUCGCUACCUUGUACAGGUUAGAAAACAAAAAUAGAAAAAUAUUAUCUGUCUCAGACUUAUACAAAAACCAUUGUUGGUCAUUGGAGUCUAAAUGGUAGAUUAGUUACGGCGACCUAUGACCUAAAUGUAGUGAAGACACCCUGUCUACGUCUCCACCCGGGAUUGUCAUAUUAAAAUCCUACUUAUACAUUAUCCGCUCUUGAUCCCUACAAUUACAUUUUCUUUACGUAUUUUCUAUACUCAACCAUAUCGUAACCUAUGUCUUUGUAUUUGUAAUUCUUUUCAUAGAAUCUACUAGAUAGAUCCUCAUGGGCUACAACAAAAACAUCUAUAAUAUGAAAGAGAAAAUACUCUUAAAAGUGAACCGCUGCAUUAUGUUGAUAUGUACUUGUCUUUAAAUUAAAUCAAUUUACCAAUUGUAAACAAUGGAUGUUCCUUAAUUUGAUCCUUUAAUCAAAGAUUAAUGUCUGUAUUUUUAAUAUUAUUAGUCUUAAGCUUAAUAAUAAUAAUAAUAAUAAUAAUAAUAAUAAUAAUAAUAACGUGAAAAUUGCCCAACAGCCGGUACUGCGGCCAGAAGAGUCCUAUUGUACCAGUUUUUUUACUCUUAAGCUUUCUUUGAAAGCUACUGUUGUAAUAUCUCAACCUUUAUUUUGAUAUUAAAAAGUUAAUUUAUUUUAUUUCUGAAGCUUUUAGAAGUACCUUUUUGGAACUAUAAAGUUUUGAAACAGAUACAGAGAGGAUAAGUUAUUGCGGCAGCCUUGUAUUCAAAGCCAACUUGAGCUCAAAGAAUGGCUCGUUGUGACAAAUCAGAGAAGAAGCUUUAAAAAUUCAUUGACGCCCGGUGUUUUUAUUUUUCCUAUUUCUCACUUUAGGCAAUAUUUAGCUAUUCAUGGAGCUAUUGUUUAUAUAAAAUUUAUAUAAAAUUUAUAAAUUUUAUCUAACA